GUAACUCCACACUUGCGCUCAGCUGGAAUUCUUCGACAAUAUAACCUUCGGCGACGAAACAUAAAAAAUGGCGGAUACUACGCCUCCGCUAAAGAGGAAGGCAGAGGAAGCGCCUGCCAAGAAGAGAUCGAAGAAGAGGAGACCAGCGGAGAAGGCAGGACAGCCUACUGGGGCUACAGACGCUCAGUCUACACCAAGAUCGCAUUCUACGCCUAUAUUGAAGAAUGCGUCGGAAUUAAACUCAAAUGUCGUCCAAACAAACGGCGUGAGCAAGGAGCAGCGAAAGAAGGAUAAGAAGAGCGGUACAAUCGUGAACGAGGAGCUCAAAGAUGGAGGCAAGCAAGUGGAGGACAGUGAGGUGCAAAGCACGCCAGCUCGACGUAUUUCGCAACCGCAACAGUCGGACAGGUCAAAGCAGAAAAAGGAGAAGAAGGACAGUAAUCCAGAAAACAAAGCGGACUCAACAGAACUUGUAAAAGUUGCGAUGACAGAAUUGGACAGGCUACUAGGGUCAAGCCCUACUCAGGCGAAGAAGCCAAAGCCCAAGACUCUGGCAAAGUGGACCAUGUCACCAGCUCAGGGUGGAUGGUUCCUACCUGCGGACCCCGUCUUUUCUCGCGAUGAGAAGUUCGUCAUCCUCGCGAACCUCAGGUCCCUCCAGAUUUAUGAGACCGAAACGUCUACCCUCGCCAAUGUGCUUUCUAUAGGCAGCACCGGAGUGCUUACAGCCUAUGCGCUCUCGCCUACGAAGCCAAACCAAGUAUACGUCGCCGACUCGACUGGCCUCAUUACGUUGUGGGAUUGGGUAGACGGGUCAAAGAUCGGACGAUGGGAUAUCGGAGCUACGGUUCGGACUAUGACCGUGAUCACCCGACCCGAGUCCAACGAAGAUCUCAUAUAUUGCUAUGAGCAUGGAAAGAGUCAUGUCAUCAACGUCCACGCGCUUCGCACCAAAGCUCAGGGAUCAAAGACGGAUCUCAAGCGUGUACUGAAGGCAAGCUCUUCAAUAAGUGGGAUACAAGUCCUCUUGCAGGGCAAGUAUGUCGUCGUCGCAUGCACCGAUUCUAUUAUGAUCGCCAAGCGCCUAAGGCUCAAUAAGACGGCUGUGCAAGACUUCGAAUACAUCUGGCGAGAAUUGAAAUUCUCUAAGCGUAUCACCACUUUCAACGCGUAUCUUCGCGACUCAGAGCAAACUGGCAAGGGAAAGAAGUCGGCACAAGAUCAAAGGGAUGUUCUAGACAUCGCGGUUGGAGAUGAGGCGGGCGUGAUCCUCCUAUUCGAAGACAUCUUGACAACUUUCGCUGCGAUUGAGAGCACCCAGAAAGGCAACAAAAGCAAUUCAGACGAUGCUGAGAGUCUCAGACCAAAGAGGCUCCAUUGGCACAGAGACGCAGUGGGCGCAGUCAAGUGGUCGCUUGAUGGUAAUUACCUUGUCUCGGGAGGCGACGAGACUGUCCUCACUAUCUGGCAACUUGCCACAGGAAAGCCACAACAUCUACCUCAUCUUACUGCAGCUAUCGAGAAUGUUGUAGUGUCUCCUUCAGGCUCUGCUUAUGCUGUGACACUUGCGAAUAACUCCGUCAUCGUACUGUCGACGACUGAACUGGAAGCCAAAACAAACAUUGUCGGUAUCCAAUCACGCCGAGUGGACUACGAGUUGUUUCCCAAGGAUUCGAAUUCGAGUAAAGCUUUGUUUGAUAUCUAUCGCUCGGUGCCAAUGGCCGUCAAUCCAAAAUCACCAGGUGAAGUACUGUUCUCAGUACCCUCAUCGCAAUGGCGUCAAAGAACUGUGGGCCUUCGACCGGAACCGUAUCUACAGACAUUCGACUUGGCAAACCACCGUGCGAAGUCCCGACAAGCCCUGACGCGCAACAAUGCGACCGAUGUAAAUAUGGCACCCGAAGGAGGCCGUAUCAUCGAGCCGAGCGUGCAACUCCUACAAGUCAGUCAUGAUGGUGAAUGGCUCGCCACAGUGGAUGAAUGGGUACCACCACAAGCUGAUACUGGAUAUCUCAACGAAGGUAUCACUGAGUUCAACGACGAGGAACGUCUACACCGCCGCGAGGUGUAUCUCAAGAUUUGGCAGUGGGAUGAGCAGAAUCAACAGUGGAAGCUUGGAGCCCGAAUCGAUGCCCCACACUUCUUCGAGGACGUUUGUGGAAACGGAAGGGUGUUUGACCUCGUUGCUGAUCCCUCAGCUGCUGGCUUUGCGACCAUUGGUGAGGAUCGUGUCGUUCGGAUCUGGAGGCCCAAGACCCGGCUACGCGAUGGGAUUGUGGUCCGUGGAGCGGAGGAAGGGGGGCUGGUCACUUGGUCGCUUGACCGUUCCAUCGAGAUCAGCGAUAAGCUUGAUGUUCUUGAGGGAUCGCAACAGUCCCUCGUGCCACGCACUUCGCGACUAGCCUUUUCCGCGGAUGGCUCGAUAAUUGCUGCUGCUAUCUCUUGGCCGUCAGAGUCAGACCCUGGAGUCACUCAUCUUAUCGACACUAACACCGCAACUAUUCGACGAUCAAUGACUGAGAUUGAUGUCACCGCGCUUUCUGGUCUUGGAAUUGUAGGCCGCCAUCUGGUCGUCAUUGCGGAUACUAUUACUGUGUGGGACAUGGUAGUGGACCAGCUUGUCUAUAGUGUCUCCGUCGUCCCCUUUGGUAUCGACCGCUUUGAGCGAAUCCCCCUCGUACGUUUCGCCAUCAAUGAGGCAGAUGGUACGUUCUGCGUAGCACUACCCCAGUUCGAGAGGAACGAGUCUUCCAAUUCCCGAUUGCAGAAGACAUCGUCCAAAGUCUUGAUUUUCGAUCCUGAGUCUCGAGAAGCUUUAUGGUCGCACACGGCUCCAUACAUUACAUUAGCACUCGUGUCACAGAAGGGCGAACGAGGAUAUAUCGCGCUAGACUCCAAGUCGUGUAUCAAGACCAUAAGCCCGCGCACUGGCGCACUACAGCUGCCUACUCCGCCACCCGAAGGAAAUGAUAAGCUACAGCGCACAAUGUACACGGGAGAGGAUGAGGGUGAAGAAAAGUCCGAAAACGGCAUACUGAAGCCCUUGGUAUUGGAGGACCUCUCACAAGACAUCCAGGAAGGUGGAUCCUUCCUCAACCAGCAGGAUCUACAAGAUGUGCUCGACAACGGAUCUGUGCCACCUCCGCCUCAGGGGCUGUUCAGUGCUGUCUUGGCAUUAGUGGGCAGGGCGUCAAAGGCUGCUGCGUAGAAGCUAUUGCGAUAUAUACCUAGGGAUUAGUGUAAAUUUAGAUAAGCAAGCCACGUUCAUACCUCAUUUUCCGAGGCCUUAGACCCGUUUCGUGCCGACAUACAUUUUCGCAUUUACAGGUUGAGAUGUACAGUACAGGUUAAAAGACGAGGAACGCAGGAUGGCUCAUAUUCAUGCGCUUGAGUCACUCAACGUGUUGUCAUGAGGUUGUCAGAGUUGUAAUACACCGACUAAACUUUAGACUAGCAAAAAUCACGGGGAAUGUGAUCUUCUACUCCUACUCUUGAUACACUUUGU